GUACGAGCUGACUCCGGCGUGGCCUCUGCGAGCUGAACAUCGCGGUCAGUGGGGGAAGCUGUGUUUGGUGUUACUCGGAUGUCCAGCGGCCGUCUUGUGAAGACCCGACACGCACGAGCCAGAGACACGAGCCCAGCAUGGUGCAGCUGUGUCUGUCCCCUACUGAGGAUGUCACCACCCCACUUGAGCGCUCAGAGGAGGGCAGUGAAAGGCAGGAAGACCCCAUGAUGGCUGCUAACCCAAACGUUGAGCUGAACACCUUGCAGCUCAAUCUGGAGGUCACCACGGUCUACAAUGGCUAUGAAACCUACAUAGAAGAUGGACUCAUCUGCCUUAAACACAAAGUCCGCAACUUGGAGAAAAGAAAGCUAAAACUGGAAGACUACAGGAAAAGGCUGACCAGGAGUGAGGAACUAAACAAAGAUCAACUUGCGGCUGUGGAAAAGUAUCAGGAGGUGUUGCAUAACCUGGAACUUGCUCAGGAGCUACACAAAACCCUAGACGACUUGACUCAGAGUUUGCUGAAAUCCCAGAAGAAGGCAGUGAAAAAGGAGCAGGUUGAAAAGGUGGAGGUGGAGAGGAGGCGUCUGGGAACAGUGCUUCAGAUACAGAAUCUUCUCCACAGCCUGCAACAUGAGCAUAUUAGGAGAGACUUGCUGGUUGGACACAAUCAGGCCCCCCACAUCUCAGCCCACCAGCUGCGCAGCCUAGGUCAGCUUGCCACCCUGCUCGGAGUCAAGAGGAAUAACCAACUAAAUUUAGGGGAACAGAUGGAACAGGCAGCUGUGGUGUUCUCAGACUUGUUGGAGGGGAUAGACAAGCCUGUUGCUGGAUCCACAUUUAAGCUGUUGAAAGAGGAGCUCACAAGGCUGUUAAAUAGCAAAUACUUCAGUUGUCUUCUACCCAACAAGACUCCUGAGGUGUUCCCGAGCAAAAUCAGCCACAGCACUAUAUCGAAGUCAAAACGAAAUGAAACGAAAGUUUCUAAUGAGAACUGGAGGGAGGAUUUUGAGGCCAUAAGAAAUAGGGAGCCUCUUGACAACUGGGAUAUGGAGUGCCCAGUCCACAAACCAUGGAAAGGAGCUGCUACUUAUAUCUACAAAGUCCCCACCAAGAAACGAUCCGACUGCAAACAGAAAAAAGAGAAGAAAGCCAAGGGAGAGCAAAAUGCCAAGUUGGCAGUACACAUGGACAAGCCCGUGGUAGUUUUUAACUCUCGGUCUACCUUACCCAAAGACUCCAUCCUGAGGAAGCAGCAAAUGGAAGACUUCAUGACAAAGAUCCAUGGCUCCUUCAGUUUCAUGCAGGACUCUGUCCUUGAUAGUGAGAGCCCCUCUAACAAUGGCCACCCUGGACUGAAGAGACAGUCAUCUGGAUUGCCCUCUCCUCUGGUAGUUCAGACAGACUUGAGAAGCCCAGCUGAUGUCCUGCACAAAGCAAUUCAUUCCACCCCACUGCCUACGAGGCUUAUGGAGCCCAGUCUGACCACUGGAGAUCAGAGCCUGGAGUCCAGUAACCUGGAGCUCUCCGCAAAGGACCUGCCUCAUGAGCCGUUUCAGUUGGCUGAUAAAAAGGCAUUUCCCUCACCGCCACUGUACCGCAGGGAGUCCAUCAUUUCUGUCUGCCUAGAUGAGAGGAGCCAUCCUCGUACACCUGUUGCUGAGUUUGAGCCCACCACAUUACAUAAGCAUUGUCCAUGCAAUGGGGUGGGAUCUUGCACCCCUACCAGCCCUCAGAAACAGACUUUUUCUACACCCUCCAACAGGAGAACUCUCCCCUCUGCACAAUUUCAGGACAUCCAUUCAGUCUUCAAGGUGAAUACAUCCUCUCCCCACAAUAGGGAACUGAACUACAAACCAGAGUCUGAAGUUUUCUCUGAGUGCAGUUACAGUACUGCCAGUACACAAACCCCACCUGAGUUUGCUCCCUCAGAAGAACCACAGCCCAUGUACCAGUCAGAUUAUAUAGUGGGAAAUGAUGUGCAGAUGUUCCUGUCCCCUGGCCCCUCAGGAGGAGGCAUGUGUCGACCUGGUCAGUCAUACUACAUUAGAGGAUCGGUGAGAGGAGGAUCCUACAUUCCCCAGGCUCAUCUCAGGGAUUCUGGUCCUGUCCCCUAUUCUGUAAGGGACCCUGGAUACCAACACAAAAAUGAAGGAGGGAGGCCUAACUCUAGUGCAGCAUGGAGUGACUGUUCCCAGUUGAGUAGCCCAGACCGGGAGGGAUCCUUCACCAUUGUUGACUCUGGGCUAGGGGACUCAUUGUCAGUCUCCACGGUGGAGGUCUCACUUACUCCGCACAGCCAACACCACCCUGCAAUGUUACCAAUGCAACUCUACCCACUCUCCCAGCCUCUGCAAGUGGCCUUCACUGCCUCUCGCACUGACAACUUUGCCCCGUGUAAUCUGGACCAACCUAUUGUGUUUGACCAGCUACACAGCAAUCUGGGGGAGAUGUACGACACCCGUGUCGGCCGCUUCACCUGCCCUGUCAACGGAACCUAUGUCUUCAUCUUCCACAUUCUGAAGCUUGCCAUCACCGUGCCGCUCUAUAUCAACCUCAUGCGCAACGAGGACGUGAUGGUGUCCGCUUAUGCCAAUGAUGGAGCCCCAGAUCAUGAGACAGCCAGCAACCACGCCAUCCUGCCUCUCUUCCAAGGGGACCAAGUUUGGCUUCGUUUGCAUCGUGGUGCUAUCUAUGGCAGCACCUGGAAGUACAGCACCUUCUCUGGCUUCCUAUUGUACCAAGAAUGAACUGCCUUCAGCUGAACAGUCCUCCCAGUGUGUGGGGUGGUUGCUUUGCACUGAAUGGCGAUUAAACUGACAUUUUAGUGUCGUGGUCAGGCUACAUACAAGUGAGUUUUUUUUACAAUAAAGGCCAUUCAUGACAAGUGUCAGUGGCCAAAUUAUAUAAUCCGUAUUCCAGUGAACUCCAUUUGAAGGGGGAUUAUAUUUAUCAAAAGGACUUGAUUGGUUGUGCUCAAUUUGAUUGCGAUACCAGUACAACUGGGCCUUGACCACAUCAUUUUGCUGUUGCACUUACGUUGUUCAGUCAUUUGCUCACUGGUUUCAGUGAAAACUCUAAUGUUGUGAAUUUGUCCCUUUUUGUUAUGUGAAUGGCUUUUGAUUACCAAAAUGUGGAACAUCCAAUUAACUGACUGUAUGGCUGAAUUGUAAUUGUAUCAGAACUCCACUUGAAGCUGAACUCUACCAUUGCUGUGUAUGAAUCUGAAAGAGUGAUUGGGUGGUGGGUAUAGUGUCAAACAUUAAACCAUAUUGUCUAGAAAGAUAACUGUAAAAAAAUCGACAUUGUGCCUUCAUUUUCCGAAUGUUAAAUAAAAUAUGAGCAGUA